GUUUGACAUGGUGACAAGCCUGUGUAACUGGCCACAAGUGUCCACAUGCCAGUUUGAAGGGGACGACCCCAUUGACAGAUCUGAGCUGGAGCCCUCAAACGAGCCAUCGACGGAGACCAGAAAUCCCACACAGCCGGCAAACACACGUCGACCGUCGUCUGCUGGACGCUGCAACUCCGACAACUGUCAGCAUCCCGCCUGUUUCUGCUUCGGAGAUGCCCCAACCGACAUCCCCGUGGUGGACAUGCCAUUUUUCAUCAUGCUGACCUUCGAUGACGCCGUGACCUCGACCUUGUACAAUGACUACUAUCGGGCUCUGGUUGUAGACAACGAUUACAAACUCUUCAACCCCAAUGGUUGUCGCAUCAAGUCAGCUUUCUACGUGACGCACCAGAACACUGACUAUUCAACGGUCAAGGCCAUCUGGGAUGCCGGAAACGAGAUUGGAUCCCACACCAUUCACCACGAGCUGCCGCAAGGCAACAAAGAGAGUGACUACCCUGGAAUGGUUGCCGAGAUUCAGGGACUCAAGGACGAAAUGCUAAAAGCCACAGGAAACAAAGCUCUGGUGGAUUCAGUCACCGGGUUCCGAUCUCCUUACCUGCGAGUGGCAGGCGAUGUCCAGUUUGAUGUCCUGAGGGACUUCAACUUCCGCUACGACACUUCCAUUCUCAACAUCAACAACCUGCAGGGCAAGAAGCCACACUGGCCAUACACACUCGACUUCCUGGUUGGAGAAUGUAUCAACCCGCCCUGCCCUACAAAGCCAUACCCGGGUCUGUGGGAGGUCCCCCUCAACGGCUGGAUUGGCGACGACAAACAAGGUUGCAGCAUGGUAGACGCUUGUGUCGUGGGGACCAGUUCCUGGACCGCCUCCGAUGAACAGUGGUAUCAGUUUUACAAGCGGAACUUUGAAGACUACUUCUACCCGCUGAAGGUACCCAUGGCGAUGUUCACACAUGGAUCACUGUUCGUCAACUACCCCAAAUCGUACAGCGCUAUGACCAGGUGGUUCCGGGAUCUUCUGGAAUCGCGCGAUGACGUCUGGCUUGUAACUCCCAGCCAAGUUAUUGACUGGAUGAAAAAACCACUCAGUAACAAAGAAAUGGUUGAACAGAAAUGGGGAUGUUAG